AUAACCAAAGGAGCAUUUUUGGUUCCUAUGUUGCAUUGACGAGUUGAGACACACACAUUGGCCUAAAAACAAUUCCCAACAGUGCCUAUGAUUCACCAAGGAAUCUGAUUUUCCCAAACACCAAACCAAUCUUAUUCCUUGUACGUUUCAGUUUCUGCCACAAUUACUUGUUACUUGUAAAAUAAAACCACAGAAAGAGAGAGAGAGAGAGAAAGAGAUUGAUAGAAUGGGAAUGGCAGCAUAACAAGAAGCUGACCGUUGGUGGCGCUUGGGGUAGCUAUUUGGCGGCGACAGGUUCCAUCAACAUUGGGAAUCUCAGACCCAAUUUCAAAUUCAAACCAAUCAACACUUCACUUUUUUAAUCCUUCCAACUUUUGCACUCCCCCCAUGUUCACACACCUUCAGGGCCUUACAAAGUUCUGAUCUUUCACCUUAUUCCUCUUUCGUUUCAGGAUUGGCACAUAACAUAUUGUUAUGGGGGACAGUGAGAAGAAAUUAAACAACAAAGGAUCUAAAAAAUCCAGUCAUUUGAAGGCAGGUACGAAGUGCAAAGGGAAGAAGGAUAAAGUGAAAGUAGUAUCAAAAUCUCACACAAAAAAUGUUGGCACUGACAUAUCGAGGAAGAGAGUUACCGACUCUUCCUCCAAGGUCAAAGGGCCGCGUAAGGAUUCUUCACAUAAGAAAUUGAUUACUGGAAAAAAUUUGCCUGCAAAAAACAGAAAAUCUUCACAGAAGCCAUCCUCAAAGUUACAAGGCAAAAAAACUUCUCUUAGCUCCAGAAAAGAGGGGAAAGAUGCAGAUGGGGUGGUAAAGCUUCAAAAAAUGAAGAGAAAGAGAAAGAAGAAAAGGCAAAGGAAUAAUGUAGAUCUUGAUGAUCCUUUGCGCUUUCAGAGGAGAACAAGGUAUCUUUUAAUCAAAAUGAAACUAGAGCAGAACCUGAUUGAUGCUUACUCUGGAGAAGGUUGGAAAGGUCAGAGUCGAGAAAAGAUUAGGCCAGAAAAGGAGUUACAAAGAGCAAGGAAGCAGAUUUUAAAAUGUAGACUUGGUAUUCGUGAUGCCAUUCGCCAAUUGGAUUCUCUUGGUUCAUUGAGUAGCAUCGAAGAUUCUGCCAUUGCUCCGGAUGGAUCUAUUUACCAUGGAAAUAUAUUUUGUGCAAAGUGCAAGAUGCAUGAAGAACAUCCUGAUAACGAUAUUAUACUUUGUGAUGGUACAUGCAAGCGUGCUUUUCAUCAAAAAUGUCUAGACCCUCCUUUAGACACAGAAAAUAUUCCUCCUGGAGAGCAGGGCUGGUUUUGUAAAUUUUGUGACUGUAAGAUGGAAAUACUGGAGGCAAUGAAUGCUCAUCUUGGAACUCACUUCUCCUUACAUAGUACUUGGCAGGAUGUAUUCAAAGAAGAGGCUGCUAUACCUGAUGGUGAGACUGCAUUAUUGAAUCCUGAAGAAGAAUGGCCAUCAGAUGAUUCUGAAGAUGAUGAUUAUGACCCAGAGAGGAAAGAAGACAGCCACUAUAUCCACACAGAAGGAACUGAUGAUGGUGUAUCUGAUGAUUUAAGCAGUUCUACAAGUCUGUGUUCUUCUGAUGGUGAAUGUUAUCCAGUAGAUGGUUUUAGUCAUGAAUAUUUUUCUGUCAAUAGCAGCAUAGAUUCUGAUGAGUCUGAGGAAAAAGCCUGUGGGCGUCGGCAGCGAAAAGCUGUUGACUACAAAAAACUUUAUGAUGAAAUGUUUGGGAAGGAUGCUCCUGCAUAUGAACAGUUGAGUGAAGAUGAAGACUGGGGUCCUGGCAAAAGAAAGCGGAGAGAAAAGGAGUCUGAUGCUGUUGAUUCUCUUAUGACUUUGCACGAAAGUGAGAAUAAGCACCCUAAUUAUGAGCAUAACAACAUUACAAGAAAAGAUUCUUCAAGUGCAAAUAUCAGAAGGCAUUGUUUUAGGAUUCCACGUGAUGCAGUUGAGAAGCUUCGCCAAGUUUUUGCUGAGAAUGAACUUCCUCCAAGGUCUACCCGAGAGGGUCUUUCUAAAGAGCUGGGACUUGACACUGAGAAGGUCAGCAAAUGGUUCAAAAAUGCACGUUACUUAGCACUUAAAAACAGAAAGCAUCAAGCAGCAGAAGGAGCAGCAGAUCAGCUUCAAAGUAUCACUUCUACUAAGAACUCCAGAUUACAAAAUCAGGAGAAUGCUGAUCUUUUGAAACCAAAGACCUUGAAAAUUACAAUGACACAUUCCCAGAAGAAUGUUAAAAAUGUCACUGGAAGAAAGAAAAUAAAAUCAUCUAGCAAGAAAAGACAACCAGAAAUUCCUCCACCGCCAGGAGAAAAUGGCAACAAGGACUUUAUGGAGAUCAGUGAUGAUGUGAGCUUGAAGAAACUGUUGAAGAAAAGAAAGAGGUUGGUAAAUUUUAAAUUUGAAGGAGACUCUCAGGCGGCAGAGAUGGAAUUUGAAAGACUAAGCAAAUUGAAGAUUAAAAUAGAUAGUAUGAAGCAAAAAUUAGCUGCAAUUCAAAAUUACAGAGUAGAGGGUUCAAAUGAACCCCCUAAUUCUAAUGAACCAUCCAUUGUAUAUGUACCAACAGCUGUGUUAAGGGAAAAAGGUUGAAUGAUAACUACACGAAAGAGCAGGGGAACACAUGAUUUGUAGUUGCUUCCUGUCUCAGCCUGUAUUAUUGAAAGAAAGCAGAUGUUUUGGAGUUCACGUUAUUAAUCUAAUCAAUACUUUAUCA